AUGACAAGCAAGGGAUUGGAUGGCGAGUGUUUGCAGUUAGUGUUACCAGAAUGUCUUAGACCACAGGUAAUGGAGUCUCUGCAUAAUUGUUCUGGACACCAGGAUCGAGAGAGGACAUUUGCACUUGUAAGGAAAAGAUGUUACUGGCCAGGAAUGCAGGCAGACGUGAUAAAAUGGAUCGAGAGAUGUGAAAAAUGCAAGAUUGCUAAGACACCAGUUCCAACAAUAAAACCAUCAAUAGGAUUGACACCUUAUUUCCUCCUUUAUGGAAGAGAACCAAGAUUACCUGCAGAUUACUUGUUAGGUACCAAAAAGGACGAUGUAUGCUAUUGUAUUGUAGACGAUUGGUUUAAGUCCCACAAAGAGCAUCUUGAGUACGCCUGGACUGUUGCAGGUAAGAACACAGAGAAAAGCGUAGAAAAACGACGAGAGUUUCACGGAAGUAAAUCUACUCCUUGUUCAAUUGAUGUAGGAACAAAGGUUAUUAUCAAAAACCAUGUACAAGGUAGGAAUAAGAUACAAGAUGUGUGGAAAUCAGAUCCUUACAUUGUCACAGUUUACCGUCCACCAUCUGCCCCCUCCUGCUGGGUAAACGAAUUUGUUAAAGAAGUUCAGUGCGCUACCUGCUGUGACUAUCAGGAAGUGAUUAUUGCAGAUUGCUUUCUAGAGCAGUCCCAUAUAGAUCCAAGAGCGAUCCCGACUGCUUUCUGGGAUUGCUUGGGUGUCAGGUUUGGUCUGGACGAUCAUGUGGCUUGUGCACACGAUGGAUGGGGAGCUCAAGCAGAGAACUUUAGAGGUGAAAUUGCUAGUCUGUACAUCCAGGCCUGGAUACUGGACUCCUGUAAUAAACAUUUCUCAACACAAUUCAUACUGGAUAAGAGGGAUACAAACACUGUCGAGCGAGUGAGCCUGGAUUCGGUGUAUAAUCUAGAUUCAGUAUUAGUUUCUGUUCUGAUAAAAGUUUUUUGUCCAAACAACGAGGGAUUCAUGUUUCACGCUGGCGGUAGCGCCAUGAUUGAUACCUCUAAUGACCCAUAUGGAGCUAUAAUUUACGGAUACAAUGAGACAGAAGUUAUGCUCUGGAGACCAUCCCAGACCAAUACAAAUGGACAUUUGGUUUACGUGGGUGGAGAAUGGGGUGACGGGCAAAGUAAUCAAGAAAGUGACGUUGUAGAAGUCAUCGUUAAAGUUAUUGACAUCACAGAAUCUUGUCCUAGUCCACCAACCAUUGCUAACGCUGACGUCAUGGUCUCCAAUAAUGUUGCUCUAUACUCCUGUCGUCAGGGAUUUCUUCCGAAAUCUGGAACCAACACAAUAAACUGUUUUCAAUCUGAAUGGCAGAAAACAAACCUCACCUGCUUUGUUGUUUGCUCAGCACCUCCCGCUGUUGAAAAUGCAGCAGUUUUUGUCCAGGACAACAGAGCAAAAUAUUUCUGCUUAACGGGAUACUUCACAACGAAAAAUACAGUUGAUGUCAUCGAAUGCAGAAACAGUACCUGGCCAUCUAUUGACUUAAAAUGUAUAAAAUCUUGUCCUGAUCCACCCACCAUUGCUAACGCUGACGUCAUGGUCUCCAAUAAUGUUGCUCUAUACUCCUGUCGCCAGGGAUUUCUUCCGAAAUCUGGAAGCAACACAAUAAAUUGUUUACAAUCUGAGUGGCAGAAAACAAACCUCACUUGCUAUGUUGUUUGCUCAUCACCUCCCGCUGUUGAAAAUGCAGCAGUUCUUGUCCAGGACAACAGAGCAAAAUAUUUCUGCAUAACGGGAUAUUUUGCUAUGAAAAAUACAAGUGACGUCAUCGAAUGCAGAAACAGUACCUGGCCAUCUAUUGAUUUAAAAUGUAUAAAAUCCUGUCCUCAUCCACCAACCAUCGCUAACGCUGACGUCAUGGUCUCCAAUAAUGUUGCUCUGUACUCCUGUCGUCAGGGGUUUCUUCCGAAAUCUGGAACCAACUCAAUAAACUGUUUACAAUCUGAAUGGCAGAAAACAAACCUCACGUGCUAUGCGUCAUCUUGUGGCCCAGUUCCUAACAUAACAAACGCUGAUUUUCUUGUUGACAAUGACGUGGCAAUGUAUGCAUGUCUCUAUGGAUACAGACCAACAAAUGCCAACAAUAAAAUAACAUGUAUUUCUGGAAAGUGGACUCAUACCAGUUUGCAGUGCCAAGAUACAACUAAGGGACUCAGAGGCUAUAUCACCAAUGAAACGCUUGCAGAAUGGAUAAAGGAGAUGAAGAAGAAUCUAUCCGUACAUAAAUCAAACACCAGCGCCUAUAACAGAAGUUUGAUCAGUGUUUACGAAUCCCGUCCCAGUGCCGUACAGAUAGGAAGUGUUGGGGUCUUUCUGAUAAGUUUUACUAUAAUAGUUUUAAUUUUUCCGGAUAUAGUUGCUGUUGUCAAGAACUUGUGUAAAAAAAUAAAUAAGAAAUUUUGUCAACGUCGGAGGGGAAGAGAUGCAAAAUGAUGAAUACUGUGAAAUUAUGUAUUUGUAGGGGUUUAAUUUUCAUGAUUUUCAAUAUAUGAAUUCAUUUUAUCCACAAAAUUUCAUUAUUCACAUGCAUUACCAUU